CUGGCUAACCACACUACCUAUCAGGGCAAAAGGCUUCAACUUAAACAAAAAAGAAUUUACUGAUGCCCUUGCCCUCAGGUAUGGAUGGCCAGUGGAUGGGCUCCCAAACAUGUGUAACUGUGGUUCACCCUUCAACCAAAAUCAUGCCAUGACAUGCAAGAGAGGAGGUUUCGUCUGCAUGAGACAUGAUGAAGUAAGAGACGUAACAGCUCAGAUGCUGAAAGAAGUCUGCCACGAUGUGACUGUGGAACCCAUGCUGCUCCCUCUGCAAGGCGAACACCUCGCCAGACGCACCGCUAAUGUUUCGAACGAAGCACGAGUGGAUGUUAGCGCCAGAGGGUUUUGGACUCGUGGACAAAGGGCAUAUUUUGACAUAAGGAUCUUUGAUCCCAUGGCCCAUUGCCACAGAGACCUGACCCUUGAUGCAGCCCACAGAAGAAACGAACAAGAGAAGAACAGAGCAUAUGAAGAAAGAAUACAGAAUGUGGACCAGGGCUCCUUCACCCCGGUAGUAUUCACGACGGCAGGAGGGAUGGGACCAAGGGCGCAGAGCUUCUACGCAAGACUCGCCGAAACACUGGCGGAUAAGAAACAACAGCCAAGAAGCAGUGUGGUCGCCUGGAUGAGAUGCAGGCUGUCCUUCUCCCUCCUGAGGUCAGCCUUGGUCUGCCUGAGAGGAACCAGGUCACCUGCACCCAAAACCACCCGCAUUGCUGACCUGGACUUUGAGGCGACGGUGGUUGAUAGUCGUAUCAACCACAAGCUCUGUUAGCUUAAAAAUAAAAUGUUUAGUAAAGUUUGUAAUAUUAAAUAAAGGUGGUUGUCGGCCACAGUCAUUGGCGGAGUGGGGCCAAUGAAUUGCUUUGUGAAAGGAUAUGAGAGAAUGUACCGCUCACAAUGCAA